CAAGUCCCUCCAAAAUCGGCCCCCGUGCCCGCCCCAGCCCCACUUGUCCCCGGAGCCCGCGGGAUGCGGCCCCAGAGAGGUGCCCCCCGCGCCGCUCCGCCCCAGACGGUGAAGCAGCUGCUGAAGGAGCUGCGGCAGCAGAAGAGCAGGGAAGAGGCGAGAUCCCCGGUUUUGGCUUUGCCCUCGCCGCGCCUCUCGGAUGGUGCCCCCUGGCCCGGUGCCGCAGGGACGCCCCAGCUCUGUGCGGUGCCACACGUGUCCCCCCAGGACAGCCCGGGGGGGUCCCAUGGGGGACGGGCCCCCGGACUGAGCGGGUUCCAGGCUGCUGCCAUCCCUGGCCCUGCCUGGCCCAAUCCUGCAGUGCCAUGGGGAGAAUUUGGGGCGCCCCUGCUGGGAAGGGACACCCCAGAGCCGUAUCCUGAACCCCAGGAACUCGCAGCCGCCCGCGCUGCUCUGGGGGGCCGAGACCCACAGGAGCUGCUGCGGCAGGACGAGGAGGGCGACACGCUGCUGCAUGUGCUCUGUGCUGGGGGGCUGUGGGCCCUCGCCCGGGCUGCAGCCGAGGCUCUGCGGGACCUGGGGGGACUGGAGGUGCGGGAGCACCUGGGCAAGACUCCACUGCUGGUGGCAGCAGCAGCUGCAGCCCCAGAGAUUGUGAGGGACCUGCUUGUCCUGGGGGCCAAUCCUGAUGCUGCUGACUACGGGGGCCGCACUGCCCUGCACCUGGCUGCAGCCUAUGGGCACCCUGAAAUCCUCCAGGCCAUUAUGUCCUCAGGAGUUCCUGUCAACGUGGAGGCCAGAAAUUUUGAGGGUCAGACCCCGCUGCACUGCGCUGUCCUGGCCCACAACGCCUCGCUGCAGGGGGGCUCAGGAGAAGGGUCCCGCACUCCCCAGGAGCGAUUCCGCUGUGUUGAGCUGCUACUGCAGAUGGGGGCGGACAGCAGCAGCCAGGACACCAAAAGCAGCCUGACAGCGCUGCACCUGGCCGUGCGGGGAGGGAACCUGGCCCUGGCCCACCUGCUGCUGCGCCAGCCCGGCAUGGCCCCCCGCCUUGUCAACAUGAAGGCCCACGGGAACACCCCCCUGCACAUGGCAGCAGCACUGCCUGGGACCCCCAGCCAGGAGCCCCUGGUGAGGCUGCUCCUGGCCUGGGGUGCUGACCCCAGCGCCUGCAACCUGGAGCACGACCUGCCCCAGGGCCUGCUGCCCCCCGGGGCCCCCGGAGACCAGCUGCGCCUGCUCCUGAGGAGCCACCGGGGGUCCCAUCGCCCACCCCCCACCGCCGAGUGACGUCAGGGGGUCCCCGGUAUCAGAUGGGGGGGACACCCCCAUAUUGGGGGAUUUCCCCCCCUCCAUGUUAAUUUUUCCUGAUUUCAAUGAAAUUGCCCCCAAAUUUCUGUGAAAUGAGUCUGAACCACAUUGGUUUGGUGGGGGGAGGAGCAUGGAGGGGGUUCAGUCCUCCUGUCCCCCCUCCCCAAUGAGCCCUCCCCCCCAGCCUCAUUAAUGGGGGCUGCUAAUGAGGAACCUAUCCUCCAAAUUGGGGGAGUUGGGGUGGAGGAUGCCAAACUGGAGGGGAAACCCAUAAA